CCACACCAUCCAGGACGAGCUCGAAACGAAACAUUCGAUCAAAAGCUAGCACACGUAUCGUACGUAACUACGCUUUGACCGAGACAGCAAGUGGCAAUGGCAGCUGUGCGCAGGAAGGCACUGGCUUCUGCGGCUGUGCUGGCAGCAUCGUUGGUAGUGGCGCUGCUGGCCGCGCCCGCCUUGGCACUGGUGCCGUACGGGCGCGCCGGCGAGCUGUGGGACCUGCUCCUUGACGACCCGUUCCGGGCCCUGGAACAGUCGCCGCUGGCGGCACCGAGGCCGGGCGGCGAGGCGGGGCUUGCUGGAGUGGUGCUGGCCCGGUGCGACUGGAAGGAGACGCCCGAGGCGCACGUCAUCUCGGUGGACGUGCCCGGGGUGCGGAGGGAGGACGUGAGGGUGGAGGUGGAGGAGAACAACAGGGUGCUGCGUGUCUCCGGCGAGCGGCGCGCAGAGGAGGACAAGGAGGGCGAGCGGUGGCACCGCGCCGAGCGCGCGGCGGGGCGGUUCUGGCGCCGGUUCCGGAUGCCCUACGGCGCCGACGUCGACCUCGUGUCCGCGAGGCUCGAGAACGGUGUGCUCACCGUCACCGUGCCCAAGGUCACUGACAACCGGAGGCGGGAGCCUCGCGUCAUCAGCAUCGCCGGGGAGGACGGUGAGCGCGGCGCAGAGGUCAAGGCGUCCAAGGCCGAGAUGUGAGCGUGCCAUCAAUACCCAGUCAUGUGUGAGAAGCUUCCAGCAGUGAUGCUUGCGUGUCGUGCAUGAUCUAAGGUGUGUUUCAGUAAGAAGGUUCCUCUGCAACGACGGGCAUACUGUUACGAAUAUUCGUUGCUCGAGAGACUGUAAUAAACUAGUAAAGGACUUGGCACAUUUACCUGUCAAGCUCUAUCCUUUUACUUAAGGAAUCAACAAUUGCCUGCCUUUCA